AUGAAGAUAACAGGCGCCUUUGUGCUCCUCACCCUGGCAGUUCUUUGCUCAGCAGAUACUCAAAAAGGGAAGGAGGUACCGUCUCAGCCGUGUGACCAGACAAAGAUUCAGACGACAGAGCAAGCAUCAGACGAAGACAAAAGUGGGAUAGACUGCAGUGAAUACAGAACCUUAGAGCGAGCAAGACCUAUUUACUGUGAAAGACUCUAUCAACCUUUCUGCGGCUCUGAUGGGAAAACGUAUAACAACAAAUGUUCUUUCUGCAAAGCAGUCCUGAGCAGUAGAGGUGCCUUGCGUAUGAAGCAAGCAGGGGCAUGCUGA